AUGACGGACAGUACCAGUGCCAACAACAGUGCUUCAGUGUUUCAGGAUAAUAGUGCUUCAAUUAAUCGGAUUUCAGUUAAAAUCCCACCGUUUUGGCCCAACGAUCCUGAAAUUUGGUUCCUGCAAGUGGAAAACCAAUUUACACUUGCAAACAUAACAAGUGACGCAACAAAAUUUAAUUACAUAGUUGCUAAUCUCGAAACAGUGUACAUAUCAGAAGUUAGGGACAUCAUUGUGUCACCACCAACAACAGAGAGGUACGUAAAAUUAAAGUUAGAGAUAAUUAAGAGACUUAGUGCAUCUCAACAACAAAAAAUUAAAAGACUACUUGAGCAUGAAGAACUGGGCGAUCGACGACCUUCUCAAUUUUUACGACAUUUACAGUCUUUAGCAGGCAAAACAGUAUCAGAUAAUAUUGUAAGAUCUCUGUGGUUAGGUAGACUGCCAUCGUCUACACAUGCUAUCCUAGCUACUCAAGCUAAAGCUAGUUUGGACGCAGUUGCCGAGCUAGCUGACACAAGCUCCGAAGCUAUAGCUCCUAGCGUCCAUAUUUCUGAAGCUUUCAACGCGCGCGAAAGUACCAUCGAUAAAUUGACAGCCGAAUUAGCUGAAAUGAAAAUUCAGCUAGCUAGUUUGUCGCAGGCUCAAGCACAAACCAAAAUAUACCGGUGCGGCAUCCGAUCGAAGCCCAAAGUCUCGCCGCCUUUACGUAACAGACUAUGA